UCUGUAGCUAGCAAAAUACGUUCUAGACAACAAAAGUCCUUAAAGCUUACAAUAACGAGAUACAAAUGUUUUAAGGUGACCAUAAAUAAAAUUGUAAAUAUACUUGUGCACUGGGCUUUGACUGAUUUUUUUACUUUCUUUAUAGAUGUGAAGUCAUACCAUGAAUUUCAGAAUAGCUUCAAAUGUUUAUAGCUGUGAUUUAUUUUAUACCACUAGUGGGCACAUCUCAAACUGUGUCAGCUGAUGAACAGUCAUCACCACCAGUUUGCAUGGAAUUAACAUCACAUUCUGCUCCACUUUCUGAUCUGCUAAACUGAGUUUCAAACGCAGGAUCACUAUAGCCACGCACUUUUAGAAGCGCUGCUUAAACAACAAUACAGGACAGAUGCUGAAAGUGCGCAUUUUGCUGUCAUAUAUCCAAAGCUGCACAUAGAAUAGGUAAUAUUUACUGACAACCACAUCAACUCAAAACAUAACAGCAAGGAUACAAAUGCAGGACUGGAUGCACUCUAGCACUGAGACGGACAUAAGUAAUGACAAGCAAGGUUUUAUUUUUUCAGAGGUUUCUUCUUAUGUUGCCAUGUAUACUCAUAAGUUUAAGUUUACAUCGAGGGAGAGGGAGAGAGAACUUGGUAGUAACAUCUUUACUCAUGGAAAAAUGGAUGGACUGUAUGUAGAAGUAGCAGAGGAGCCCGGAAGUUCAGCUAAUGUGCUAGCACCACUGGAAACAGCUGUAUGCCUGUUUGCUGUGGAUUACCUGCAGUUGCACAAUGAAGUGUCAGUGGCAUUUAUAGUGAAGAAGACUAAUGAUCAUGAACUGCUCCUCAUUGACAUAUCGAAAUUACAGUAUUGUGUAGUCAGUGAGCCUCCACCUACCUCUAAGCUGUGUCGCUUACCACUCAUACUAACUGUUUCUGGCAGAAUUUGUGUAGCAGGUCUAUGCAGUGUUUUGCGCCAACUUGUUAAGAUGUGCCCUGCCAGUUCUGGAGCACAACAGCUAUUAGGUUUUCGUCAGGGCUGCCUUGUAGCUUCAGCUGAGUCUUCACUUUGGACACGCUUCUGUGAAGUGGAUAUGGUUGGUACUGUUAAGCAUAUUCUUAGGUCCAAACUGCAGUCAGGAGAAGUAAUGCUUCCUCUUGAUUUGGCACGUUUUGAGAUUCACAUGAGCCAACCUGUUCGUAUUCACAAUAUUGGGAAGCAAAAAAAUGAUGCACUUAAGUGUAACCUGGCGAAUGUGAUUGAACACACAUUUUCAGAAGGACCAAACAUGACACUUGCAGACAUCAUGUUGCUGCCAUGCAUCCACAUUUUAUUUCAAGCACUUAAUGUGGUUUAUCUUAAGCAGCACAUUCCCUUAAUGAUAAAAUGGUAUGAGAAUAUGCUGCUGCAGAAUGGUGUGAGAGAAGCGCUCUCUGUUAUUAAAGACAUUACAAGUAGAGUGUCUGAUUACUCGUAUAUCAGUUACGUUCUUCCUCAGGUGGAAGAAUACAGCCUUUACAAAAGUGAUCCUAAACGUUACAAACCAAAGAGCAGGAUAUUUACACAUCAAACGGAAGUUGAAGAGUCAUUGAGAAUAGUUUCACAGUUGGGAAUAUUCCCUCGUAAAGCACAGAUGCCAUUUGGAAAUGAAGUACCAUUUGACUGGUCAUGCCUCCCAUACAGAUCACUGCCUGAAGGUGGCAAUAUCCCACCAUCAAGAAUGCUGAGGAAGAAACAGCAGUUGGAAAAUUUAGCUAAAGCCGUUUUAAAAAUUGCAAAACCUGGAUUCACUAUAGUUGAUUUCUGUUCAGGCACUGGACAUUUGGGUAUAAUACUUGCUUAUAUGCUUCCACGUUGCCGCAUAGUCCUGUUAGAAAAUAAGGAGGAGUCUUUGAAUCGUGCCUGGGAAAAAGUCUCUCUCUUAGGAUUGUCAAAUAUUGACCUUUGUCAAACAAAUCUAGAUUACUUUGAUGCAUCAUUUGAUAUUGGUGUAUCUCUGCAUGCAUGUGGUGUAGCAACAGAUUUAGUAAUUCAGUGCUGUAUUACUCAGAAGGCUGCAUUUGUAUGUUGUCCGUGUUGUUAUGGAGGUGUCCAAGAUAAUCAUGUCUUGUGUUAUCCUCGCAGUAAAGAAUUUCGCAAUUCAAGCUUGAAUGUUCAUGAUUAUUUAGUAUUAGGCCAUUGUGCAGACCAGACACAUGGAUCUGAAAAUGCUAAGACAGUUCAGGGACAUAUGUGCAUGUAUGUUAUAGAUACUGACCGUUGUCUUUAUGCCAAAGAACAUGGCUAUACUGCACACAUAGGAAAGUUGAUACCAGAAACAUGUACUCCUAAAAACAAUCUUAUAGUUGGCAUUCCUCCAGGAAGGAAAUAUCUUUGUAAUGCAUUUAGUUAACAUACUACCAUGUUUCCCUUUAAGAAAUGGAACAAGUAUUGUUUCAGGAAAUACAAAUAAAUUUUAUGAUUUUUGUGUUCGUGUUUAGACCAACAAUAAAAACUGUAAUUUUGAUAAUUAUUGUAUUAACAAUUAUUGUUUUUAUGUAAGUAUUGUGUGUUUGUUAAUAAUGAAAUUAUUUAUAUUUUUAA